CAAAGAGCUACCAGCCCGCAGAUAAUGCUGUGCGGAGCUGCUCUCGCUGCUCCCACUGCUCCCACGAUGCACUGCUUAUAGCAGCUGUCAAAGAUACUGAGGGAUCCACGGUGGAAAAAAGACUUUUACAACUGCCUGGAAGAAAGGGGUGUGAGGGAGGAGACAUUUCUGUGCAAAGCUGACCAAAGGAAAGAGUAGGCAUCAGUGCAGUAUGAAUGCAUACCUCACCAAGCAACACAGCUGCAGCCGGGGGUCCGAUGGGAUGGAUGCCGGCAGGAGUGCGCCCACCCUGAUCAGGGAUGCCCACUGUGCUUGUGGCUGGCAGAGGAACUGUCAGGGGCUCGGGUACAGUUCUCAGACCAUGCCCUCCUCAGGACCAGGGGGCCCAGCUUCAAACAGGACCGGGGGGUCCAGCUUCAACAGGACCUUGUGGGACAGUGUGCGGAAAAGCCCCCACAAGACGAGCACCAAGGGCAAAGGGACUUGUGGGGAGCAUUGUACCUGCCCACAUGGUUGGUUCAGCCCAGCACAGGCCAGUCCUGCUCCUAUAAUUGUCAACACAGAUACUUUGGACACAAUUCCUUAUGUCAAUGGGACAGAAAUUGAAUAUGAAUUUGAAGAAAUUACACUGGAGAGGGGGAAUUCUGGCCUGGGAUUCAGUAUUGCUGGGGGGACAGAUAAUCCCCACAUUGGAGAUGACCCUGGCAUAUUUAUUACGAAGAUUAUACCAGGAGGUGCUGCAGCAGAGGAUGGCAGACUCAGGGUCAAUGAUUGUAUCUUGCGGGUGAAUGAGGUUGAUGUGUCAGAGGUUUCCCACAGUAAAGCGGUGGAAGCCCUCAAGGAAGCGGGGUCUAUCGUUCGGCUGUAUGUGCGUAGAAGACGACCUAUUUUGGAGACCGUUGUGGAAAUCAAACUGUUCAAAGGCCCUAAAGGUUUAGGCUUCAGUAUUGCAGGAGGUGUGGGGAACCAACACAUUCCUGGAGACAACAGCAUUUAUGUAACUAAAAUUAUAGAUGGAGGAGCUGCACAAAAAGAUGGAAGGUUGCAAGUAGGAGAUAGACUACUAAUGGUAAACAACUACAGUUUAGAAGAAGUAACACAUGAAGAGGCAGUAGCAAUAUUAAAGAACACAUCAGAGGUAGUUUAUUUAAAAGUUGGCAAACCCACUACCAUUUAUAUGACUGAUCCUUAUGGUCCACCUGAUAUUACUCACUCUUAUUCUCCACCAAUGGAAAACCAUCUACUCUCUGGCAACAAUGGCACUUUAGAAUAUAAAACCUCCCUGCCACCCAUCUCUCCAGGAAGGUACUCACCAAUUCCAAAGCACAUGCUUGUUGACGACGACUACACCAGGCCUCCGGAACCUGUUUACAGCACUGUGAACAAACUAUGUGAUAAGCCUGCUUCUCCCAGGCACUAUUCCCCUGUUGAGUGUGACAAAAGCUUCCUCCUCUCAGCUCCCUAUUCCCACUACCACCUAGGCCUGCUACCUGACUCUGAGAUGACCAGUCAUUCCCAACAUAGCACCGCAACUCGUCAGCCUUCAGUGACUCUCCAACGGGCCAUCUCCCUGGAAGGAGAGCCUCGCAAGGUGGUUCUGCACAAAGGCUCCACUGGCCUGGGCUUCAACAUUGUCGGUGGGGAAGAUGGAGAAGGUAUUUUUGUGUCCUUCAUUCUGGCUGGUGGACCAGCAGACCUAAGUGGGGAGCUCCAGAGAGGAGACCAGAUCCUGUCGGUGAAUGGCAUUGACCUCCGUGGUGCAUCCCACGAACAGGCAGCUGCUGCACUAAAGGGGGCUGGACAGACAGUGACGAUUAUAGCACAAUAUCAACCUGAAGAUUACGCUCGAUUUGAGGCCAAAAUCCAUGACCUACGAGAGCAGAUGAUGAACCACAGCAUGAGCUCCGGGUCCGGAUCCCUGCGAACCAAUCAGAAACGCUCCCUCUACGUCAGAGCCAUGUUCGACUACGACAAGAGCAAGGACAGUGGGCUGCCAAGUCAAGGACUUAGUUUUAAAUAUGGAGAUAUUCUCCACGUUAUCAAUGCCUCCGAUGAUGAGUGGUGGCAAGCCAGGAGAGUCAUGCUGGAGGGAGACAGUGAGGAGAUGGGGGUCAUCCCCAGCAAACGGAGGGUGGAAAGAAAGGAACGUGCCCGAUUGAAGACAGUGAAGUUUAAUGCCAAACCUGGAGUGAUUGAUUCGAAAGGGUCAUUCAAUGACAAGCGUAAAAAGAGCUUCAUCUUUUCACGAAAAUUCCCAUUCUACAAGAACAAGGAGCAGAGUGAGCAGGAAACCAGUGAUCCUGAACGAGGACAAGAAGACCUCAUUCUUUCCUAUGAGCCUGUUACAAGGCAGGAAAUAAACUAUACCCGGCCAGUGAUUAUCCUGGGGCCCAUGAAGGAUCGGAUCAAUGACGACUUGAUAUCUGAAUUCCCUGAUAAAUUUGGCUCCUGUGUGCCUCAUACUACGAGGCCAAAGCGAGACUACGAGGUGGAUGGCAGAGACUAUCACUUUGUCAUUUCCAGAGAACAAAUGGAGAAAGAUAUCCAAGAGCACAAGUUUAUAGAAGCCGGCCAGUACAAUGACAAUUUAUAUGGAACCAGUGUGCAGUCUGUGAGAUUUGUAGCAGAAAGAGGCAAACACUGUAUACUUGAUGUAUCAGGAAAUGCUAUCAAGCGGUUACAAGUUGCCCAGCUCUAUCCCAUUGCCAUCUUCAUAAAACCCAGGUCUCUGGAACCUCUUAUGGAGAUGAAUAAGCGUCUAACAGAGGAACAAGCCAAGAAAACCUAUGAUCGAGCAAUUAAGCUAGAACAAGAAUUUGGAGAAUAUUUUACAGCUAUUGUCCAAGGAGAUACUUUAGAAGAUAUAUAUAACCAAUGUAAGCUUGUUAUUGAAGAGCAAUCUGGGCCUUUCAUCUGGAUUCCCUCAAAGGAAAAGUUAUAAAUUAGCUACUGCGCCUCUGACAACGACAGAAGAGCAUUUAGAAGAACAAAAUAUAUAUAACAUACUACUUGGAGGCGUUUAUGUUUUUGUUGCAUUUAUGUUUUUGCGCUCAAUGUGAAUUCUCAUGAAUGUACAACACAAACUGUAUGAAGCCAUGAAGGAAACAGAGGGGCCAAAGGGUGGGACAGAAAAGACAUUGCAGUAUGAAGGAAGGCUUUGGUUUGCUCAUAGUGCCAGGUGUAGGGAUGAACCUCUGACGGGCUUUCUGCCCAAGAGAUGAGAGCCUCCUCACCCCAGCAGAUGUCCAGAGCUGAUUUAGCUGCAGAGCUCUCUGUGUCUUUUGCUUUAAAGAAAAAUUGCCAGCACUCGAACCUCAUCAACCUUCCCAUGACCCACAUCUGUAAUUGGUACACUUUGAAUUUUAUAACUAUGCACAUCUCUUGAUUUCUUAACAAGCAAAUGAAAGAGAAGGAAAAAAGAAAGGAGUCCCUUUGGAGACCACAUACUAUCAGGGAAGGAUAAGUGUGUAGUUUUUUGACUGGCAUCUGCAAAGACAAGAAUUUCAUAAAAUUUGCAAGUGUAUGGAGGACUAACCUCACUGACAGGAGGGGAUUCCACCUGGGAUUAGCUUUAUGAUUGUUGAUUGCCUAUUUUGCCAUUUAUAAACUGAAAGAAGGCACUAAAGAUGAGAAUAAUUUAUACAAUAAAAAUAUAUUAAAUGUAUAGAAACAAAUUUCUAUAGGUCAAAAAAGUUUUGUGAAAUAUUUUGUAAAGACUAAUAUUGAAAGACUAAAUGUAUGCAACAUCAGCAGAUGAUCAAAUUCAAGAACUGAAAGUUGCACUCUCCCUUUUGUUGCCAAUGAUCCGUUAAGAGCAUCUGAGUUCCUUUUAAGUCUGACAAAGACUUCUUCCUCACUUACCUCCCUUCCACAUUAGUGAUACACUCUCAUGCAGCACAUCCCUUAAUGAGUUGCCCUCAUGGAUAUUUUUGGAAGACAUUUGGUUAAUGCAUUUUUUUAUGCUGAUGGCUUUUCAGAGACAAACUUAUGCAAAUGAUCUAAAGGGAAGUUUUUGCUUUUCUCUAGUUAAAUAACCUGAGCCUGCCAUGCAAAUAGUUGAAUAACUUUGUUCCUAGUUACUGACAUACAAUUCUUAAAGGACCAUUUAGCAUUUUGGCCAACAAUGAGUAAUUAGGAUUAGUACCUUUUUGUUUUACAGAGUAACUGAGAGUUUUGUAACAUCCGGAGACGGUAUUACAGCCAAUGAGAGAUCUGUUCCUAGAUGCACUAUUUCUUUGAGGAAGAGAGAGAAGAGAAGUGUCUGGUUGGGGGUGAGGGGUGCAGACUUUUUUGUUUCUAUGUACGGAGCAAAGACAUAGAAUCACACGGAAAGACAAUGACUUUGAGCUCAACCAAUUGAACUGCCUUUCUUGGAGCUGCACCUGGACCAAGUUUAUUUUUUAACAAUUAUAAUAACGAUGAUUUAAAAAAAGAAACCUCCCAAAGCCUAUAAACUGAACUAGAAGAGUUAGUUUCCCACUUUACAGUGGAUGGCGACAUCAGCAUUGCUUUUGCCCAUGGUGUUUAGAGAGAGACUUUUCAGUGAUAAUAACCACUCUACUCUGGGUUCUGUGCAUGCCCAGACUAAGCCCCAUCGCCUUAUUUCUGGGGUACAUCCAGACCUGGCAGGGAUUCUGCCACACUGUGCAGCAAACCAGCAUGUAGGCUGGGUAGGAGAGUAAGAGAUAGAGCCAUCAGAGUGAUGGGGCUUCUUCACAGUAAGAACAUCAGAGCUUAGAAUGAGAGUCUCUUUCCAAAAACAGGCAUUGUUCAUCUUACACUAAACAUCAUUGUCUGCCUGGCUGCAGUCACCAAAACAAAACAGAAAUGCAAAAUUAUGCAUCUUCCCAUAAUCCUGAGGCUUCCUUUGCCAAUGGAAGGGCUAGCAAUGCAUUUUCCCUCUCAUGAAAGUUAAAUUUCCAGAGACUUCCUUAGAUUGCUCAAAAUGUUAAAGAUACGUCCAUGUCUGCAAUUCGCCAGUUUCAGGUCAAGGCCUACUUUCAUCAAUAUUGCUCCCAGAAGUUUUCUGACACCAGAAUGCCAUUCCUGAUCCCAGCUCUAUUUUUAGGCCACCAUGAUAACUUCUUUGGUUUCUCAACUGAGCAUGCAACCAUUUAUUUAAAAGACUGUCAUUAAUGAGUAGAUGUUUUCGCGGGUCGUGUGAUGUGCUUUCCAUUUACUAGUAUUGCUGUGGCUAAGUACAAUCAAAUUGAACCACCAACCCUUGGUUUUGUAGUAAUAUAACUAUUUAUUUUCCUAGUGUAGAUGCUUUCAGAUUAGAAUUGGCAUUUGCACUGAUUUUUUUAUGUAGAUUUAUAUAAAUAUAUAGAUAUAUAUAUAUUUGCUUGAAGAAUCACCAAACAAAUUGGUGAGAGGGUCUUUUCCAAUAGAAUUUACACCUCCAUUUGUUGUGUUGUCUUGCACUUCCCAAUGUUGAUGUCUCUAUGGCUCCAAUGAACUGGUGUACUUUGCAGCAAAUCUGAUGACUUGUACGGAAAUGGCAUGAAAGUUACCCAGAUUACAUCUGGUGCAAAUGCACUCGGAGCCUGGGGCCAGACUGGUGCUAACAAUGCAAACUUUGUCCAGAGCUCUCUCCAACCUGAAGGCUUGCUGGGGGUGCAAUGUCACCUUCACACAUGCUGGGCCCUUUCAGAAAAGUGCCAGAUCGUGUAACUGGUGCUAUUUUUCAUGCUCUGGUACAAUGUGUAGCACCACGGGGGUCUCAGCUUUACCAAAAUCAAAAUUCCAUUUGUCAGCUAAGUGCAGAGGCAUUUGUUUUUUGCUCUCCUCCCACAGAAUUGUCGGCCAUUUAUUUGCAGGCCUUUUGCGGGAUUUCUUGGCCAUUUAUUUGCAGGCCUUUUUUCCCAGCCCCAAAUUCUUGGGUUGGCUCUGUCUGCUUAAAGAGCCUGUCUUCACAAAGCUGCACUCCGGUGCCUCUGUGCGCUGUCUUAGAUCCUACUGCCGGCCCUUCAGGACUCCGAGCCAGGAAAGAACUCUCCAACCUCUGGCUCGAGACUCUACCUUUUUUCUCAUUCUUUUCCAUACUCUCCUCCUCCUUCUAUUUCCGACUAAUUCCAUCUCUCCUUUUUUUUUUGUUCCUCUCCUUUUUCUAUUCCUCCUUCCCACCAUCUCUGAGUUGUUGACUUUCUCCUAUAAUCCUUCUCUGUUCCCUUUCUUUUUGUCCACCUCUCCUUUAGUCUCUGUUUCUCUGCCCUUCUUAUUCCUCUUCUGUCCUUUCUCCUCCCCUCACAUCUCUGAUCAUCUUCUCCUGCACAUCCCUGUAUUGAUUUUUCUGUCCUCUAAAGGGCUCAUGGCUGAUUCAGACAGCAAGUCCAUGCACUGGACUAAUGACACAAAUACUUUAGGUCGCCGCUUCACCAACUCAGCCCAGAAAGUAAAGCUGAGCAUGAGGCCCUGACCUGGAGCCUGCUCCAGCCCGCCUCCCAGAGCCAGCCUGCACCGUUGCCCUGGCAGCGAUGAUGCAUGUGCUGUGGGCCCUGCCGGCGCCUGAAUGCCUCUGCCUGAACGCUGCUCCUAAGCGAGCCCACUCCCAGCACUACCGCAUGGCUCUGAGGACAUUUCCUUUCAAUAAAGGCAGACUCUGGCCCCAAUUAUUCUGAUAGCAAACCUCUUCCUCCUCAUUGAAGCCAUGCCAUCACCUUGGUUUGGAGAGAGACAUUUUUUUUCCCAUUCAUAAGCUUUCUUUUUGCCAUUUUUAUGUGAAGCCCCCUCUGCUUUUCAGCUGGUGAUUGCUCUGGUGAGACUGAAUGGACUUGCUGGUGAAAUGAAAUCUCUUCUUUCCUGUCUUGGUCCUGCCUAAAUUCCUACAAAUAUAUUUAAGCCAAGGACUCAGGCUAAUUCCUAAGUUGAUCACAUUAAUUUGUCACUCCUAGAGGGAAAAAGAUCAAUUCCCUUGAAGCAUGUGGAGUACCUCCUGUGACAGCUGACUUGCCAGGGGACUCCCUACAGAAUUCUGUGAUAUACAUUUUACUUCUGUGUAUGUAUGGUAUAUAUGGUACAUAUACCAUGUACACACAUGUUACAUUGAGUAUGAAUGACUGUGGUUGGAAACCCACACACACACUCAACUCUGUAAAUAUCCUUCCUCACUGAAAACUGUGCUUUGGAAAUCAUUUCUUGUACAGCUGUGCAGUUUCUUGUAACAGCUGAGGACAAAGCUAAGACAGGCGGACAAUUUAGACAAAGAUCAUCUAAAGAGUACAGUAUCUCCCUAGCAACUCAUGAGGACAGACAACCAAGUGGCAAGGUUGACUCCCAAUGGGAUGGCAGACUUUUCUUCUCUCCUUUUUGAGUUUGUGUUUCCUAAGUGUUUCUUAACUUCUGAGUGCACCAGGCUGUACCCGUUAGAUCCUUUCAAUAUGACAGUUUUGUGCUUCUCUCUGACAGGAUGUUUCUCCAUCGAGCUGUAGUGCAGGAUGGGAGGGAGGUGGGAAUACUCCUUGCCUGGGCUGGAGUUUACAGAGACACUGCACAGCUUACACUCCUGUUAAGUGUAAAUAUUCAACACUUCCAUUCCACUUGUGUAAAAAAUAAAGCACACAAGAUUAUAAAAUCAAGAUGUAUAUUUCAUACUCAGUGUGUCUGUGCAUAUUUAUUGCGUUUCUAGUUGUCAGCGAUGGGUGGCCCCAUUGUAAAAAUGCCUGAUAGAGUGUUUAUAAACAUGUCAUGGUUUUAUUAUAAGCUAUAAAUAUUAAAACGUUUUAUACUUUAUAGCAAA